AGCAGACCUUCGGCUGAGACCUAUAUAAAAGCGGGUCCUGCUCUGCUUAGCAUCAUAGCUCGAGAAUUCCGACUCCGAAACACAUCAUGUCUGCUAAGCUCUUCGUCAUCGGCGCCCUCGUGGCCGUAGCCUGCGCCGCCCCCUCCCCUGACUCCCCACCAUCCUACGGCCCCCCUCCUCCCCCAUCCUACAAGGAACCAGGCAUGCCCUACGACUUCGCCUACGCCGUGAAAGACGACUACACCGGCAACGACUUCGCCCACGACGAGAAGAGCGACGGAACCAUCACCUCCGGGUCGUACCGCGUCCUCCUCCCCGACGGACGCACCCAGAUCGUCACCUUCACCGCCGACCAUCACAACGGCUACGUCGCCGAAGUCGCCUACGAGGGAGAGGCCUCCUACCCUCCCCCAGCUAAGCCCGCCUACGGCCCACCCCCACCAGCCUACGCCUAAAUUCCGCGUCUCUGAUGUACUAUUAUGACGUUUGCGCUUCAGUCAGUCUUCUCUCUCUCUCUCUCUCUUCUCUCUCUCUCUCUCUCUCUCUCUCUCUCCGCCUCAUGGAAUCCUCCCGUUUUCAUUCUCCGCUUCGAAGGACGUCCUCCUCCUCCUGGUCAGCUUCAUCAUCCUCGUCAUCAAAUCGCUUCGUCAUCCUGGAGUUACUCUUCUUUUUUUUCCCCUCUACGUUACGUUUGCCAUAAGAUAAGCAACUGCUUCAGUCAGCUAAGGAGCUUAUAUUUAUGAUAUAUUAUUUUUUGUAAAUAAAGGCAUGUGAAUCGAC